AUGGAUCCGAAUCCCCCUUUGCCUCCGCCUCCUCCGCCUUGUAUUUCCUCUUCCACGGCCCAGGUUCUGGGUAAGCGCAAGUACGACCGUCAGCCAAUAAUGCUGGUACAGAACCAGGAUCGACAUGGCGGCGGCUCAGCUCCCCAGGUUCUGAGCUCUCGACUCUCGACCAGCCGCUUUUCCGAGCUGCUCUCCAUAGAUACCAUGAGUUCCAAGUACCCCGGCAUACAACCGGCGCUGUCAGAGCCAGCUUCAGGCCCAAAAGCAACCACUCCAACUCUCCGGGCCACCUUUAUUCAUACCACUCCCCAUAGCAUCGAGGUUGGCCGGCGACCUACCAUCGACCGUAACCAUGCUCAGUCCUUGGGGGCGUUGGUCUUGGACGCCCAUAUUCCAUCAGUCGAAAGACCUCGCCUCCCGGCGAACCCACCACGUCCAAAACGACAGAAUUUCCGCCCCAGUCGACCCUUGCAGAAUUCCGACCAAGUCUACAGCGACCUUUGGAUUCACAUCCUCAGCUUUUGCGAACCCAAAUUCCUCUUAGAAGCCAAAACUCUUAGUUCGGACUUCUAUAAGCUUCUCACAAAAAACUCCAUCAUCUGGAAGAAGAGCAGAAUCAAUCAUUAUGGUGCGGAUAUGCCGGAUUGUCCGAAAGGCCUCACGGAACAGCAAUACGUCGAUCUCCUGGCGGGUCGUGGCUGUCAGAGCAGAGGUUGUCACGUUGAGGGCACUUUCAAAGUUCAUUGGAUGUUUCAAGUUCGCUUGUGCCCGGCUUGCUUCAAGAGAAGAACAAUGAACGACAACGAACUUGCACGCCACCGAGAGCAUCGUCUCCCGUGCCUAUCGGAAAACGAUCCACCUCCACGAGACGGACGAGCGCUCUGGGAGCUGCUUCCACUUGCACGGACUGACGGCCGCCGCGAGGCAAACUCUCGCCAUGUCAACGCUGAAACAAACGACUGGGGACAAGAUCGCGGGAGGUUCGCGUUUCUGAAAACGUCCUUUGCCAGACUUGAAGACGAAUACCAGAAAUUCCGCGCUUCGUACCCGCCCAACGACAGUGCACUCAUGGCAUGGGCACGCAAGAUCCAUAGAGAAACAAUGGAGCACAUGGUGGAAGCAAAUAAACUUGAGUCGUGGUCUAAGGAGUACACAAAGACGGUACAACCGCCAAAGAAUCAAGCUCGCCGACAGCAGAAAAUUGAGUUUUUCGAAGCACGUGCCGCAAAAAUGUCGCCGCCCAUGGACCGCGCGAUCUUGUGGAAAAUGGCGCCUUUCAAACGAAACCUGAAGGGACAAUCACCUACCACAGACCGGGUCUGGGAAACACUGUGGUCGAAGAUAGAACCGUACAGAUGGCAGGCAGAACAAGUGGAGCAAUUCGAGCAAUUGAUGGCGUCCGACUUGAUCGAGGACGUUCCGCAAGUCAUGUUGUUCAGGCGACUGCAUGAACAUCGGCGAGGAAGGGAAGCAGUGCCGCGCUCAUAUCAGCCGGAGCAAAAAUUUGUCCUGCAGUUUGCUCAAAGAGAACUUGCCCGUUGCCUCAAUGACGGCGUCGCCGAUGAAGAUAUUCUACUCUUGUGCCUAAAGAACGUUUUCGACGCCUACAGUAUGCUGGGGACUCCCCCAAUAGGCCUCAAUUUCGACGGCACCACCGGCCCUUAUCGUCUGACCUUAGACGACGCCAGGAUGAUUGUGGAGGAUGUCUUGGAGAAGAUGAUCCCGCCACAUUCGGUCAGGGGCAGGGUUGUGUUCCAAAGUCUGAGGUGCAGAGGUUGUCAGCGAUCCGACCACAUCCGAACAUGGUCUUUCGUGGAUGCAUUCCAACACAUCCUUCAAACUCAUGCCAGGCUAGUGGGUGAAGGUCUUGAAUACUAUCAAUUUGCCAUACCUUACCCUUCGAGGGACUUGCGGGCAUUGCUCGCAGAGGAUGGCAGAGCCGUGUUCAAAUUUCCCUGGUACACAGUUCUCUGGCCUAGGAACCUGCCUCUUGUGCCUCGUCACCAGGAUGUUUCACAAUUGGACGCCUGGCAGCCGGAUGUCAAAACCGAGUUUAUCGCAUUGUCGAGGCCCUUGAGAGUGUCGGCCUUUUACGGGCGACGCCCUCUGCAAGGAGAAACUGCAGACGACGAGUUCGCGCUCAACUUCAUACACGCGGCGAAGACACUGAACGGAGUCCAGCUGGACGGCCGCUGUCAGAUGAAGAUCGCCCUCAAGUACGCUCUCGACCUUUAUGCGAAGAAGCAUCCAACGGAGCCGCCGCUAUCGGCUUUCCUAGAAUCUUUAGACCAACUGACCACCGUCAACCCAGCAAUCGAACUGAAAUUUGGAUGUGGAAUUUGCGCCGGCGAAGACAAUGGGCCCCGAGCCGUCCAAAAAUCGAAGCAAAAGAAGACCAUGUAUGCCCUGAAGAACCAUUGGGCGGCGAGCCAUCGUGACGCGCCUGUUGGCUGGGGCCAGGGCAUGAUGGAUCUCCCAGGUGAGGACGAAGUGUUGCAGCAGAUUGUGCAGGUGGACAAAAAGCUCCAGAGUCAGAAGGACGCAUUGGCGGAACGUGCAAGAAAAUUAUCCACGAACAUCAGGAAACGACCAAAAUCCAAGAGCAGUGUCGUUUUGCAGAUGAGGCUGGCGGCAGAGGUGCUUGAUGAACUCUUCCCCAGAGAGAUUGUGCAGUCGUAUGCAUGA